AUGCCUCCGGACGAUCAAAAUCAGGCCAUGGCGUCUAAUACCCAAAUCGUCCCUGUCGAAUCAAAGCCAAAACACAGUUGGCGAUUCUGGGCCAUCUUCCCCGGCCUAUGCUUUGCCAUCUUGCUUGCCGGCCUCGAUACUUCGAUCGUCGCAACAUCGCUGCCAACCAUAUCUGCCGACCUCAAUUCAGGAGCCUUGUAUAUAUGGAUCAUCAAUGGCUAUUUCCUGGCGACGGCUGCGGUACAGCCACUCUUCGGUCAAGCGUCGGACAUCUUUGGACGCCGCAUCCCCAUGCUUGUGUCCAUCUCCCUCUUCACACUCGGCAGUGGACUCUGCGGCGGAGCCAAAGAUACCCCAAUGUUGAUUGCCGCUCGACUGGUACAGGGGAUUGGAGGAGGCGGUUUGUUCGUCAUGGUUGACAUUAUCGUGGCAGAUCUGGUCGCUCUGCGCGAUAGGCAAAAAUACAUGUCCGUUAUAAUGGCCACAUUCGCUUUGGGCACCUUCAUUGGGCCUAUUAUUGGCGGUGUUAUCGUCACGGAUAUCUCAUGGCGCUGGGUGUUCUAUAUCAAUCUGCCGAUCGGUGGAACAGCGUUGUUGCUUGUCUUUCUGUUCCUCCGCGUCCAUUAUAAGCGUGAAGGCACGCUCCUUGCCCGUCUACGCCGUGUCGACUUGCCCGGAAAUGCGCUUUUGAUGAGCGCUGUUGUCUCAAUUCUGAUUGCUCUAACUUGGGGCGGUACACUGUAUGCAUGGGAUUCAUACCAUGUUCUUGUUCCGCUCCUAAUUGGAGCUGCAGGACUUGUGCUCUUCUAUUUCCACCAGAAAUACCUAGCGGUCGAGGCGACGAUGCCUAUCCGAGUCUAUAGCAACAGUGUUUCGCUGCUUGCUUACAUACUAACAUUCCUCCACGGCAUUGAGAUGAGCUGGCUUAGCUUCUUUCUCCCCGUCUACUUCCAGGUUCUUCUCGAGGCCAGUCCACUUAAAUCUGGAGUGAACUUGCUAGCAAUUGUGAUCCCCCUGAUGCCAGCUGGUAUAGCCGGGGGGUUAACGAUUGCCAAAACUGGUCGCUAUAAGCCAACAAUGGUGGCAGGCUACGCCCUCCUUUCCAUUGGUGUCGGCUGUCUCACAAUCCUGGAUUCGCAUUCGUCCACAGCAAAAUGGGUCAUCUUUCAGAUAAUUGCUGGUGUUGGAGGAGGACUAGCCUUGACGGCAACAUUGCCAGCUGUGCAGGCGCCCCUUGCGGAAUCUGAUGUUGCUGUUGCUACAGCAUCUUGGGCUUUUGUACGCAGUUUCGGCUCAAUCUGGGGCGCAGCCAUCCCGUCGGCUGUAUUCAACUCUCGCGUCGAUAAUCUUCUCGAUACAAUAAGUGAUCCGGCGACCCGAGAAAUCAUGAAGCGAGGCGGCGCAUAUCAACACGCGACGGCAGACUUCAUGUCUUCUUUCAAUGGCACGCUGAAACAAGAAUUGGUUCACGUAUACACAGAGGGCAUCAAGGAGUCGUGGCAGGUGCUUAUAGCAUUUGCUGUUGUCGCCGUCCCUAUCGCUUUAUUUAUCCGUGAGGUCCCUCUUCGACAAGAAUUAGUCACGGAAUUUGGGCUCGACGAAUCUGAGAAGAAAGAAGGCUCCGGCAACGAUGAAACGGAGUUGGUGACGGGACCAGUCACCCGCGAAUAA